UAUACCGGAGGGGACGACUCAUGUGUGCGAAUCUGGCACACAAACCGAGGCUCUGAUCAGGAACCGGAUACAGCGGUGGAGGCAAGCGAGGCUGUCAUGACAGUCGCAUCGGGCAACGACUGUUGGUUUUCUGGAAGUGGGGACUCUGAUGUGCGGCAGUAUAAACAUGGUAAAAGUGAAUUUGAAGCUUUAGUCACAGGCUCUCCGGCGGCAUCGAUUCGUUGCGUUGCGGUGGAUCCUGCGGGGAAGAGGGUUGCUGGACUGACUACCUCCAGCGAGCUCUUUAUCAAGGUGAUUGAGAUAGAGGAUGUCAUGAAAAUCUCGAUGCUCCAUGGACAUGAAGCAGGUGUACGGAAAGUGACCUGGCACCCAUCAGGGUCUUUUCUGACCACUUGUGGGAUGGAUGGUAAGAUAAUUAUUUGGGAUGUGAGAGAGGAAGAACCGCAGGAAGUGAAGGUUCUUGAGGGCAUCAUUCCUGCUGUGAAAGACACAAAAUUUCCGGAUACAUUUGCUGACUUCGUCACACAGAUAGCCUUCUCGCCCACAACGAAUUUGCUGGCAUGGACCAACUAUGACGGCUCUCUUUACCGUUGGUCGGAACCCAUCCCUUCAACUUCUCCGGAUCCUGUAAAGUCUACCUCGACGACAUUCGACGCUCGUAAGAUUCACAGGCAGGCCACCCCCACACUCUUUGGAGAUGACAUCACGGGCGGUGUAGAUCCACAGGCUCCAGAUGAUGAUGAAGAUGCAGCCGCUAUGGACGUCUUUGAUGACGACAAUUGGAUUCUAGACGACAUUGGCAAUGGUAUGGAAGACGACGAGCCCGUCGUGGGUACCAAGGCCUCGAAUGGCUUUGUCAAGGAAAUGGCGUAUAACAUGGUCGGAGUGAUUGAAGUCACCGACCAAGACUCGCACAAUAUUGUGGAUGUGAAGUUCCAUGAUAGUUCAGCACGCAAAGCGUAUCACUUCACUGAUAACUUCAAAUAUGACCUUGCAACACUCGCAAUUUACGCGUGUCAGCCUGAGAAUGGUCAUCCCGCCCAUGUCAUAUAUAAACCAUACGGGAACUGGGCUGAUCAAGGCGAAUGGACGUAUGAGCUCGGUGAAGGCGUUCGCGUGCUCGGAGUCGCGGCUGGUGGACCACCACCGACACAUUCUUUGCGCCAACUCUCGGAUGGCGAUAUGCAGGGCAACGGAAAUGUGGUCAUUGCAACUAGUGACAACGAUCUGACGUUUUUGACGGGCACAGGCAUUGAACGAUGCUCGAUUGCGCUCGAUGGCGAUUUCGUAUCUAUGGUUGCGGGGCCCGAAUGGGCAUUUGUGGUCCAACGUGAUGGUGCUACCACCAUGGACGGUUCUCAGAAUCUGACAGGCACGUUGUAUGAUUUUGAGGACUUGUGUACACUGCAAGAUCGCAAGUUACCCAUUUCGAAAGGCCGUACUUUGAAAUGGAUCGGACUGUCAGAGGAAGGGGCCCCUGCAGUGUACGAUUCCGCCGGUGUCAUGUAUGUCAUGCCGCGAUUCCGUGUACCUUUGAGGGGUACUUGGGUGCGCGUGCUGGACACGAACAAGUUGGAGCGGAAACAGGGAAAGGAUGAGUCGUAUUGGCCUAUUGGGCUUAGUGGGGAUACAUUCAUGUGUCUGAUUCUCAAGGGACGACAAGAAUAUCCUGGCUUUCCUAGACCGCUGAUCCAAGAGCUUCCCCUCCGCUUCCCCUUCCGCCGGAAAGAUCCCAAGGAAGGGCCUCUAGAAGAACAUGUUGCUCGCGAAAGCAUGUAUAUCCAGAUCACCCGUGAUGCCCUAGGGGAUGAGCUCACCACAGACGACAUCUCGCGUCGCGAGCUGGGAAUCGACAAGGAGCUUAUCCAACUAAUCCAAAACGCAUGCAAAACGAACAAGCUCCCGCGCGCGCUCGACCUUGUACGGAUGCUGCAUCAUACCGCUUCAUUUGACAUAGCGAUCAAGGUCGCAGUCUUUUACCACUUGCCUGGAUUGCAAGAGAAGAUGCAGAUCCUCAAAGACGACAGGGAAGAUAAUGAUAGAUUAACGGACGCGAGGGAUAGGCGGAAAAAGAUGUCAAGGGACUAUGACCCCGUACUGCCGCCGAGAUUACCUCCCCCCAGAACGGACGCCGGACCCUCGAAAGUAAAGCCCUUUCAAGACUUCGGCCCUCCCCCAGCCAUCCAUAGGCCAAACCUGGCGAAGGCGACACCGACUGUCGCACCUCCGCCGAGCCAGGUUGAGACUCACGACGGUUGGGCAGAUGACCAUGUUCCGAUGGCAGUGGUGGAUGGCAAGAGAAAGCGAGACGACCAGGAAGAGGAUCUCACAUCCCCUGAAGGAGCAAAGAGGAGGGCAUUUGCUGACCCAGCGGCAGAGCUACCAGCACCGCCUCCAAAACAAAGAACCAACCCUUUCGCUAAGAAACCAGCAGCUGACAUGAGCCGCAACCCUUUCGCCCGCAACGCUGACGGCAAUAAAUCUCUGCAUAAGAGCGAUAGCUUCUUCGACAAGGUCAAUGCAGCAGAGACAGGCAUAUCCAAGAACAAGAGUAAGGGUUUUCUCUCUUCAGCUAACACUGGUUCUGCCUAUUGA